CAGUGUGUGCCAGAAAUGUGUUGUAGUGUUGGGAAGGCAAGGGCAGAAAGAGACCUGCUGCUGAGAGUGCUUUUAUGCAGCAGGUUGUUGAUGUGGAGAGAUUUUGUGCACUGCUGCCAUCAGGUCAAAGGUAGCCUUUAAUAAUGUUUAUUUCAUGAGAGACCUUGAAGCAUCCAUGUCCUUGUUUUCUGAAAAGCGCUGGCAGCAACAAGCGCCAGUUAGCCUGGAUUGGAUACAGGUGCUAUUUUAGCAAUUAAGUUGGUGCUGGACAGUGAUUUUCUUGAAACUAGGAUUAUUGCUUAAAUUCUUUUUAGUGAAUUAAUCACCUAUCUUUUCUGUUUGAGCAGAUUAUAGAAACACAUCUUUUGAAAUGCUGAAGGAUGGGUGAGACUUUAUCCCACAAUAAAAGCUGCCAUUUGAGUGGCCGCUGUUUGCUGGUACCUUCUUCAGAAAGCUCCUUCCACUCACUGAUGGGUCCUGACACCGGAUCUAGAAAUGCUGCCACUAAGAAGUGUGUCCUGCGAGGAAGGACCAGGCUGGAGCACACUGUGGCCUUUAAUCAUGAGGAAAUAUAUAUCUCCAUUUGAAACAAAUUUGAUAUCUACUAACAAAUCUACCAAGAAAUACAAUACAAAGCAGACCCUGGAAUGAAAAAGGAGUAAAUGGAAUUCCUCUGUGGCCUGCAGUGACACCCACAGAAAUCAGUGGAAAGAUCGUUCAACACUCUAGGUCUUGCUUGUAGAAAAGGGCUGUGUUGCCCAGUGGGGCCGUAGCCUUGGCUUGACCAGGAAGAAUGAAAAGGAAUGUGGCCUUUUUUCUGAUGGUUCUCUUUGUGGUCACAAUAAUGGGAUACCCCUCCAGACGCUCUGCUAUGGAUUUGGAUGCCACGCCCCGUAUGACAAUUUUCUAUAAUGAUUUGACUGCUGCAAGACAUUUUAGUAGCCGUGUCCAGAAUUACACCACCCUCUUGCUGGAAGAUGAGAAAGGAAUUCUUUAUGUAGGAGCCAGGGGUGCAAUAUUCUCCUUAAAUUCCAGCAACAUUGCUGAUGGCUCCCAUCAGACAAUAAGCUGGGAAGUUUCUCCUGAGAAGCGGUCCGACUGUUUGAAAAAGGGCAAAAACAACAAGACAGAGUGCUACAACCAUGUCAGACUUUUGCAGCGGCUAAAUGCAACCUACCUGUAUGCCUGUGGCACAUAUGCUUUCCAUCCACUCUGCACAUAUAUUGAUACCAGCACAUUCAAGCUUCCCUCUCAUUUUGAGGAAGGAAGGGAAAAAUGCCCAUAUGACCCUGCCCAAGGCUACACAGGUCUCAUUGUAGAUGGCAGCUUAUAUACAGCAACACGCUAUGAAUUUCGCAGCCUGCCAGAUAUCCGACGCAACUGGCAACAGGGGACUCUGAGGACUGAAGAAUCCCCCUUGCAUUGGUUAAAUGAUGCUGAAUUUGUAGCUUCCGUGCUUGUCAAGGAGAGUGUCCUCAGCCCUCUGGGAGAUGAUGACAAGAUCUACUACUUCUUCACUGAGCGAGCUGGAGAGGAGAGCACCUCUAUGUUUGAUAAGACGCCAGCACCCAGGGCAGCCCGGGUAGCUCGAGUGUGUAAGAAUGAUCUGGGCGGCAAGAAGAUCCUCCAGAGGAAAUGGACCUCCUUCAUGAAAGCCAGGCUGGCCUGCUACGUCCCCUACUAUGAAGUCCUCAAGGAUGUUUACAGUCUGGAUGGUGGCGACUGGCGAAGCACUCUCUUCUAUGCAGCAUUUACCUUGUCAGCACAGUGGAGGAGCAUGGAGGUGUCUGUCGUCUGCCGAUACAGCAUCUCUGAGGUACGGGCAGCCUUUGAAGGAACCUACAUGGAAUACCAGGACUCUUCCCGCAAGUGGUCCCAGUACAGUGGGGAGGUGCCAGAGCCUCGGCCAGGAUCAUGCAUUACCAGUCGUGCUCGUGGACGAGGCUACAACUCCUCCCAGGACUUGCCCAACAGUGUACUGGAUUUUAUCAAGCUCCAUCCACUGAUGUAUGAAGAGGUAAAACCGGCUGAUGGGGGCCCGCUGCUGGUGAAGAAAAAUGCCAUCUAUACCCAAAUAGCAGUAGACAGAGUCCAGGCCCUGAAUGGGCAGGAAUAUGAUAUCCUCUUCUUGGGAACAGGUAAUGGCUGGAUUCACAAGGCCAUGAUUAUUGGUUCCAUGGUCCACAUCAUAGAAGAGAUUCAGGUCUUCCGAGUCGCACAGCCUGUGGAGAACCUCAUCAUUUCUAAACAGCAGAGGAGUCUGUAUGUGGGGGCCCAGAAUGGAGUCUUGCAGCUACCGCUGUCCAGCUGCAAGCGAUACACGUCCUGCUUUGAUUGUAUCCUGGCCCGGGAUCCAUACUGUGGCUGGGAUGGUGAGAGCUGCCGAGAGCUUGCUGGGAUGCAGAACAGGUCUCUCUUGAUUCAGGACGUGCUGCAUGGCAACAUGGGCUGCCAGAAUGACUCUGGCAAGGCCACAGCCACUGCCACGCAGAAGAAACGGACAGUGCUGCGUGGAGAUGAUGUGCUCUUGCCCUGUGAGCAAGCAUCCAACUUGGCGCAGGCCGCAUGGCUGGUGAAUGGCACAGAGUUGCUGGACAAGGAGGGGCAGGACCGCUUCCGCCUCGGGGUGGACGGGCUGCUGUUGACGGACACCCAGCUUGAAGAUGGCGGGGAAUACCGCUGCUAUGCCAAGGAGAAUGGCCUCCAGGCCUUGGUGGCCAGCUAUGCCCUAACUGUGCUGCCCAAGCAGCCGGUGCACACGAUGUCGCAUCCAUCCUGGCAUGCUGCCACCCAUGCGUACGGGGACAAGACAUUUAUCUACAUUGCAGUCAUCACAGUGCUGACUGGAUUGUGCGUGGUCCUCAGCGUGGUGCUCUCCUACGUUUACUGUGCACAGAAACACAGGGGAAAAUACAGUCUGGGGGUCCCCCAGACCCCCAGUGUGGAGCUGCAGACUGUCUCAUCCAACUGCUUGGGCAAAGGAAGGCAGGAGGAGGCAGAGGAGGAGCUCAGCAUCUUUCCUGAUGGCUGCCUGCAGAUCAUCCCUGGGGAAGCCCCCACCUUAGUGUCACCGUCCAAGGAAGCCCCCCCCAUCCCCCCGCCGCCGCCCCCUCCACUCCCCGCAGAGUUCACCAAUGGCAUCCCCACCUUGCCGAACAUGUUGCGCAAGAUGAACGGCAACAGCUACAUGCUCCUGCGGCAGAACGAGGAGCCGUGCACAUCACCCCUCUACAAUUCCUUCACAGAGGAGCUGAGCAAGAUCCUGGAGAAGCGGAAACACACACAGCUGGUGGAAAAGCUGGACGAGAGCUCUGUGUAGCAGGGGACAGGAGCUCCCUUGGCUGAACUGGUUCCUUUACCCCGUGUGACUUCUGUUCCCUGAUCCGACAUGAUCAGUGUUAUGACUCAGCAACUACCUCCGGAGCGGCCCUCCGGAGCCGCCACAGACUCCACACUCAUCUCCUGUUCUGAUUGUUGUCUU